AUGGCGCUGUGUCUGAGAAAACCAGAGCCCUUCAAGACUUCUUCGGUUAUCACAACUCUUCUGGGAUCAAAUCUGCGCCGCCAAACCAAUGCCGGAGCCCCGUUCAUCUCCUCCGACGCCUCCGUUCAUGGCGAAACCACCUCGGGGAUUCGAGGAGGAGCACAGACCCGGCUUCCUAACGGUAGCUAUGUGCCCUUGUCUUUAUUGUUUAAUUCUCUUACUGGUUGUGACAUCUAUCGUGCUUACAAUCAAAUUCCAUUUAUAUUGCCACACCCCUCUUCAUUCUUUGCUGUUCAAGAAAAGUUGUCAUUCAUAAACCUCCGGAAACUUAAAUUCUGUAAUGUUAUUGCAAUAAAUCCCAAUAGUUUUAGGGGAUUUUGUAGCCUUACUGAUACCCCUGACGAGGUCGAGGUCGAGGGGUAUCAAGAUGCUGAGUUUGAAUCUGAAUCUGAAGGAGAUAGUGGUGGUAAUAAUGCUGAGAAGGCAAUCUCCAAGGCGGAUCCUGACGAGGUGGAUAGAGUAUGCAAGGUGAUCGAUGAAUUGUUUACUUUGGAUCGGAAUAUGGAGGCCGUUUUGGAUGAAAGUGGAGUAAAUUUAAGCCAUGAUUUGGUGGUUGAUGUGUUAGAGAGGUUUAAACAUGCUAGAAAGCCAGCAUUUAGAUUUUUCUGCUGGGCUUCUCGGAGGAGUGACUAUGCUCAUGAUUCGAGAACAUAUAAUGCUAUGAUGAGUAUUCUGGGAAAGACAAGGCAGUUUGAGACUAUGGUGUCAGUUCUUGAAGAAAUGGGUGAAAAGGGUUUGCUUACUAUGGAGACUUUCAUUAUCUCCAUGAAAGCUUUUGUAGCUGCCAAGGAGAGGAAAAAGGCGAUCGGAAUGUUUGAGCUCAUGAAGAAAUACAAGCUUAAAGUUGGAGUUGAGACCGUUAAUUGUUUGCUUGAUGCCAUGGGAAGGGCUAAGCUCGGAAAAGAAGCACAAAUCAUGUUCCAAAAGUUGGAGCAUAGGUUUACGCCAAAUUUGCAAACUUACACUGUUCUGCUCAAUGGCUGGUGCAGGGUGAAGAACUUGGUGGAAGCUGGUAAGAAGAGAUUGAGAGAAGCUGCAGAUUACUUUGAUGAAAUGAUGAAGUCUGGUUGCGAACCGGAUGCUGGAGUCUACACGUGUUUGCUUACUGGUUAUGGAAAUGAAAAGAAGAUGGAUAAAGUUUAUGGACUGUUGAAGGAUAUGAAAGACAAGGGAUAUCCUCCUGAUGCACAGUUGUUUAAUGCCUUAAUCAAGUUAAUGACAAACAGGCGAAUGCCAGAUGAUGCAGUCAGGAUAUACAAGAAGAUGAUCAAUACAGGGAUUGAACCCACUAUUCACACGUACAACAUGAUGAUGAGAUCUUUUUUUGCCAAUAGGAAUUAUGACAUGGGUAUUGCUGUUUGGGAAGAGAUGAAUAAGAAAGGCUGUUGUCCUGAUGAUAAUUCAUACGUUAUCAUCAUUGGUGGGCUAAUCAGGCAAGGUAGAUCGGCUGAGGCUUGCAAGUUCUUGGAAGAGAUGAUUGCAAAAGGCAUGAAAGCACCUCAACUUGAUUACAACAAAUUUGCUGCUGAUUUUUCUCGAGCCGGUAGACCUGAUAUACUGGAAGAGUUGGCGCAAAAGAUGAGAUUCUCUGGGAAGUAUGAGGAUUCUAAACUCUUUGCAAGGUGGGCUGAGAUGAUGAAGAAACGGGAUAAAAGCAGAGAUCCCACUGGAAGUGAUACAGAUCACUGGCGUUCCUGA